ACUUUUCUUCUUUUCUCUUGUGGUUGGGAAUCGGACUGAGUUUGCUUUUGUGCCUCUUUUGUCAUCCCGUUAUCUUCUGACCUCGAUUAUUGUUGAUUGAUGUACGGCGGCGACUUGCCUGCAGCGGAUACUGACGAGUCGGAGCGAUUCCGGACCUUGACUACCUCUCGACCGAGCGAUCCGCCACCAAAAAGUUGACCGGUUCGACGUUCUGAGCUUGUUUACGAUAAUAAUACAGCCUUGCUAGAUCCGGGAUGGAGAGCUAGGUCUUCCGGAGGUUCCUCUGUUACCUGCUCUUUGAGAGUUUCGAUAUCAAAUAUAUUCGAACCCGGCUGCGUUGUUCGGCUGGUUCGUUGGCUACGGUCCACUCGAGCAUCUCUUGCGAAUACCGUAUACACCUUGGCUCUUGUUGUUGUUGCGACUAGCUGCUCUUCUCUCUCGGCGACAGCCUCCCAUCCGACCAACAUCUUUGCUCCCAGCAACGCCUCGAUAACCCGACGAAAACAAGGCAAAGACCACAAUGACAACCCCAUACCAGCCCGCGCGGGCAGACAGCCUCUCGCCAACGCCCUCCUCAGCCUCGUCCACCACUCCGCCCCUCUCCUCCUCAGAAACCCGCUUCCCGCACCCGCAGCGCUGGUCCCGGCGCGACCUGGGCCGCCGGCGCCUCUCGGGCGGCGUCUCGCGGUCGGCGCGCAUGUCCUCGAACGCGCAGGACUGGGUGCGCGAGCAGUGGACGACGUACCUCCGCUGGAGCGAGAAGACGGUGGCGGCCUUCUGGGCGCUGUCGCCGCUGCACCGGUCGCUGGUGGCCUUUGCGAUCCUGCUGGGCUGGGUCUUCAUCAUCCUGUCGGUGCUGUACUCGGAGGCCUUCUUCACCUGGCUGGCGACGGUGUCCAAGACGUGGCGCGAGAUCCCGGGGGGCUGGCUGAUUGCCUUCAUGCUCAUCUUUGUUACCUCUGUGCCUCCCAUCGUGGGCUAUUCGACGGCCAACACCAUUGCCGGCUUCGUGUACGGCUUCCCCAUGGGCUGGCCGAUUGCGGCGGCGGCGUGCGUGGUGGGCAGUCUGGCGGCCUUCAUGGCCUGCCGGACCGUCCUGAGCGGCCACGUCCACAGGCUGAUUGGGACGGACCACCGCUUCGUUGCGCUGGGGCAGGUCCUGCGCAAGGACGGCCUCUUGUAUCUGACGGGGAUUCGCUUCUGCCCGCUGCCGUUUAGCUUGAGCAAUGGCUUUCUGGCUACGAUCCCGAGUAUAUCGCCUUUGACUUUUGUCAUUUCGACGGCGCUGUCAACGCCCAAACUUCUCAUCCACAUCUUCAUCGGCAGCCGCCUCGCCAUCAUUGCCGAGCAGGGCGACGCCAUGUCCCUGCGCGACAAGGUCGUCAACUACACGGGCAUGUUCGUCGGCGGCGCGAUCGGCGCCGCAGCCGGCAUCAUCAUCUACCGCCGGACCAUGGCCCGCGCGGAGGAGCUCGCCCGCGAGGAA